AUGCCCACUGUACCUUCAACACAAGGAGCAGACUGUAACUUAAGCAGAGUCCUCCAGUACCUCAAAGAUGACAGAGUUGGAAUUGUAGGGGUAUGGGGAAUGGGAGGAGUUGGUAAGACCACUUUGCUCAGGAAAAUAAACAAUCACUUCUUGGUUGUAAAUGAAGACUAUGGUUAUGACCUUGUUAUAUAUGCUGUGGCUUCUAAGGCGUGUGGAAUAGGUCAGCUUCAAGCAGACAUCUCUGAAAGGAUUGGACUCUUCCUGAAACCAGGCUCUAGCAUUGAAACACGAGCUUCAGUCAUGUUAAGUUUCUUAAGGCGAAAGAAGUUCUUGCUCCUGCUAGAUGAUUUAUGGAAUUAUUUGGAUCUAGCAGAAGCUGGUAUUCCAUAUCCUAAUGGCCUGAAUAAACAGAAGGUAGUUCUGACAACACGUUAUGAGAGUGUUUGUGGACAUAUGGAUGCUCACAGCAGGGUCUUCCUGGAAUGUUUGGACCAAGAGAAUGCUUGGAAAUUGUUCAAAGAAAAAACAACAGAAGAAACCAUUAAUUCAGAUCCUAGGAUUGAAAAGUUAGCACAUGCAGUUGUAGAAGAAUGUGGGGGCUUGCCCCUUGCUCUUGUAACUAUCGGCCGUGCAAUGUCUACAAAGAAGUCUUGUCAUGAAUGGGCACUUGCUUUGUCAUUUCUGAAGAAGUCUCGCAUUCAUGAGAUUCCAAAUAUGGGGAAUGUUGGCCACCUAUACACUAGGUUAAAGAUAAGUUAG